AUGGGCUAUGUGGACAUCAAAACACUAAGUGGGAACAAAGUUUCAGAAAAUCAUCCAAUGUUGAUUUUGGAUAAGAUUACCUCGGACAUGCCAAGAUCUCCUCUUGAUCCAAAUCUAUUGGAACUAGUGAAACCGUAUACCCUAGCUGACCCUACUUUCCACCGCCCUGGGCCUGUUGACGUUUUACUAGGUGGGGGUUUAUUCCCAUUCAUUUUCACCGGAGAGAAACAACAACUUGGACCGAACCUACCAUUUGUCAUGAACACAGUGUUUGGUUACACUCUCAUGGGACAUUCUCCAUGUGAGAGUAAUUCUAAAUAUAACAAAGAUUCUUCUCAUCUCACAACUAUGUUAAAUGUCUCUGAUUUUGAUCUUCAUUCCUCUUUACAACGGUAUUGGCAGCAUGAAGAACCUCCCAGACAGACCGAAUACAAACUUUCAAAUAAAAAACAUUUAGUGAAAACACAAUCUAGAGAACCCUCUGGCAAAUACUGCGUUAGGCUGCCAUUCAAACCUAAUCACCAUCAUCUCGGCAACUCUAGUAACAACACCAAAACAAGAUUAUUUAUACCAGAAGAGAAAUUUAAAACUCAACCUCAUUACAAAGAAGCAUUCCAGAAACCUCGUCUUGUAACUCAUCUUUCAGAAGAUCCAUCAGACCUAUCUACACAAACCCAUGGAUACUUUCUGCAUAGUACACCUCAUACGAUGAAUAAACUCAAAAGAUGGCAUCGAUGGAGACUACCUUCAUCUUGUUGUGAUUCAAGACAUCCUUACACCUCCAAUGUGUUGGCCACUGGCUAG